UCAUAAGUACUAAAUUGAUUAAUAAUUGUAUACACUUCAUAAUUUAAUUUAAGUGGCUAUUAUUUUCAGGGCUUUGGUUAUCGUUUAACAUCAUUGUCAUUAGGUCAGUGUCAAGGCCCUAUAGCUACUAGAUUAAUUGAAGAAGCAACAAGAACAGGCAAUUGGGUAUUGUUGCAAAAUUGUCAUUUAGCUAAGAGUUGGAUGCCUGAACUUGAAAAGAUUUGUGAAAGUUUUUCGGUUGAACAUACCAAUUCUGAGUUUAGACUCUGGUUAACAUCUUAUCCCGUGGAAUAUUUUUCUGUGUCUGUGCUUCAAAAUAGCGUUAAGAUGACUAAUGAACCGCCAAAAGGACUUCGGGCUAAUAUACAUAGAUCAUUUACUAGUGAUCCGAUAACAAAUGAAGAAUUUUUCGAGGGCUGUAAAGUGCAAAGUGUACGUUUUAAGAAACUCAUUUUCAGCUUGUGCUUCUUUCAUGCUUUGGUUCAAGAGCGUCGCAAUUACGGUCCAAUCGGAUGGAACAGACUGUACGAGUUCAACGAAACUGACCUUAGAAUCAGUGUAGUACAAUUACAGAAUUUUCUGAACGAAUAUCCCAAUGUCCAGUUCGAUGCCUUGCGUUAUCUUACCGGUGAAUGCAACUACGGUGGACGUGUAACGGACGAUUGGGAUCGUCGUUGUCUGACCACGUGUCUACGCAAAUUCUACACGAAAUCGGUUAUUAAAACGAGCAAUUUCAAGUUUGAUAAGGCUGGAGUUUAUUGCUGUCCUGAUUUAAAAGAAUACGAUCAAAUCUUAGAACACAUUCAAGGAUUUCCGUUGAUCACAAAACCUGAGAUUUUUGGUCUGCAUGAAAAUGCUGAUCUCAUUAGAGAGCGUCAAGAAAGCGAAUUAAUUCUCCAUUCCGUUCUUAAGACACAAGACAGAGUUGAUUUAUGGGAAAAAAUUCAAUUUAAUAACGAUUCGAAAACUACCGGUGGCGAAGGUGGAUCGUCCGAAGAUCUGAUUUUAACAUUUUCCACAGACAUCCUUAACAAAUUGCCAAACAAAUUCGACGUUACACUCGCUCUUGAAAAAUAUCCUACCACUUACAAUCAGUCUAUGAAUACAGUUCUGGUGCAAGAAAUGGGUCGGUUUAACAAACUAUUGGACGUCAUUAAAUUUAGCCUGACAAACUUACAGAGAAGUGUUAAAGGAUUAAUUUUAAUGUCUAACGAACUAGAAGAAGUUUAUCACAGUAUCUUAGUAAGCAAAAUUCCAGUGGUCUGGGCUAACAGUUCAUAUCCAUCGCUAAAACCAUUGGGAAGUUAUAUUAAAGAUUUUUUGCAGCGUAUGGCAUUUUUACAGAAAUGGUACAUUCAUGGUACUCCAAAUUCAUUUUGGAUAUCCGGCUUCUAUUUUACACAAGCAUUUUUAACAGGAUCCCAACAAAAUUUUGCAAGAAAGUUUCAAAUACCUAUAGAUUUGUUGACCUUUGACUAUAAGAUCAUGGACAGAAAAAUGAUAGUAAGUUCAGCACCUGAAAAUGGUGUUUAUGUUUAUGGACUAUUUUUGGAUGGGGCGAGGUGGAGUAAUAAAAAAUCAAGUCUUAAAGAGUGUAAGGCAAAACAACUAUACUCCAGAAUGCCAAUAAUUCACAUGAUACCAAUAAAAAAAGAAGAUUUGAAAUUUGACACUGUUUAUUUGUGUCCAAUGUACAAAACGGCUGAAAGAAAAGGCACAUUAUCUACUACAGGGCAUUCAACUAACUUUGUUAUUGCUUUAUGGAUACCAACAAUUAAACAGCCAGAACACUGGAUAAUGAGAGGCGUUGCUCUAUUAUGUCAACUAUCGCAAUAAAUCUGUCAUUUAUUGAUAUAAUUUGUUGUUGUACAUUUUAGAUUUUGAGUGAAGCAAUGAUAUGUUUUUUUAUUUUAUUUUUUUGUCUAAAGACACUUUUUACUAUAGAAAACAUUUUCGAUUUUUUACUUUGAA